AUGCAUACUGGAGAGGCAACAACGUGGUACAGCAACAUUCCUCGAGACCACACCCGUUCCAUGCGAUUCAUAGGGGGACUUCCUGUGUCCUCAAUUAAUCAACUAUGGUCAAAGAGUGACUCUAUCGUUGGAGAUGGCAAGACGCCGAAAUCCUCUUCGGUACGUCAUAUCACAUACCAGUACCCAGGAGCCAUAGACCCUGAGGGCCAAGACCGGACCUUUGAUGUGACAUUCCCCCGUUCCAAUAAGACGAGAUCUCGAAACACAGACCUCACUACAUAUCCAUACUUCAUUCCUGACCACCUCCAGAAAAAAAGACCUUCUACCUCUCCUCAAUUCCCCCGACAACCCAUCCUCAAAAUCACCAUGCUCUCCCAGAAACCCCUCACAGUAACCCUCAUCGCCAUAUCCAGUGCACAAGCAAUAUGCAAUAACAGCAUGUACGAGAUUGAUUCAGGGACAUGCACCUGGAUAGGAUCUGCAUCAUUCUGCCCCCAGGACAUGGCAGACUAUUGCGAUACGAUGGAUACCCCCACGGGGGCAGUAAAUUUGUGGGCUACCACCCGAGUCUAUGAUAUAAAGGAUCUUCUUGAGCUGGGAUAUAUCACUCAAGAGUGUUAUGAUGACUAUGGGGGUAAUUGUUUGGAUGAUGGUUGGAAGACUCUUUGGUGCGAGGGGGCGUGGCCUCAGUGUUAG